AUGGCCGAUCAACGCGUAAAUGUCCAUAUCCCAUCCCACCCCCCGGUGCUGGAUAGCGUGCGUCUCCGCAACAUUGAACUGCCCCUCCCUGCUGCCCCGGACCCGUGGCACCGUCCCGGUAAAUCGCAGCCUUGCACGGCAUCGCUGAAGCUCUCAUACUCCUCCGCCGUGGCCGCCGCCAUUGCCGACGAUGUCUCCCUCUCCUUGGACUACGGCAAGCUCUACCGCCGUCUCGAAGAGGAUAUCCGCAACCUGGGCAAGCAUCCCGAGAAUCCGGGACACCGAAUGAUCAGUGUCGACGGCAGCCGUCGCGACGAGAUGCUGGCAAGUGAUGUGGGACAGGAUGUGCGCUUGACGGCCGGAAUUGUGGCUCAUUGUGGCCUGGGACUAUUGGAUGAGACCGCUGCCGGGGUUCGUAGGAUGUCGCACGUGCACAACACUCAGCGGAGAAGCAGUGCUUCGGCGGGCUCUCAGUCCCAGGCUCUGGCGGCAAUUUUCAAUUCAGCUUCGACUUCGCCUAUUGAUGGGGUGUUUGGUCAAUGUGAAGUGUCUUUGCAUCUUCCCAAGGCAUUGCUGCGUGCGGAAGAAGGACUCAAGUACCGGAGUGUGACGGUGUGGGGAUACCGUCAGGCUAAUGAGGCUAUUACGGACGACGUGGGAGAGUCAGAGAGGUGUCCGGUUGUGCUGGAGGAGGAGUUCCGCAUUGAUGGGAUCCGUUGUUACUGUAUCUUGGGCGUUAACUCUCACGAGAGGGUGGAGAAACAGGCGGUCAUUGUCUCUCUGGAGUUCAAGGGACCCGGGCAGCUGCCCUGGGGAUCUACGGUGGUCAAUUCGUACCAAGCCAUGACCCGGGCUGUCGCUGAGCGGGUCGAAACUACCUCUUUCCAGACGGUGGAGGCCUUGGCGACGUUUGUCGCGCGCAUUGUCACGGUGGAAUUCGGGAAUGAACGGGUGACGGUGCGGGUUGAAAAGCCCAGUGCGCUGGCAUUUGUGGAGGGAUCGGGGGUGGAAAUCACUCGGUCGCAGGCCUUUUUCGAGGGGAGAGAUGCAUGA